AUGGGGCCCUGGCAAGAUGCCUGGGAAGCUGCGCACUGGAACUUGGGUGUGCCGCUGCAGGAGACCCCGGGCUGUCGCUGUGGUGGUCCAUGGAGUGACUUUCAGCACCUGCUGAACUUCACCUUGGCACAUGCGCCGGACUCCGCCGGUGUUUUGGCAGCUCGCUCUCCGGUGACUUUGAGCCUCUGCCAAACUGUGGCCAAGCCACUGGUGCAUUCGGUGACCAAGAAUCUCUAUGAAAGUGCGCACAGGUGGAUGGAGAGUACUGCGCUGGGUGAUACUGGCUGGAUGGACUUUGGUGAACAUUGGUGUCCAGCGGGGCUCAUGAGCGCCCUGAGCGUCUGUGCCGCGGUGCAUGCUCACGUGGCCAGGGCCGGUGCGGAAGACGAAGCGGAGCCGGAGAAGAACAUCGACUGGGGAACGGCCUUGGGAUAUUGGCCCGAGCCACAGUGGGAACGGGGAGCACGGGGCUGA